AUGCUUUUUCUUGCAAUUCUGCUGUUUUCCUACCUUCAAAUGUCUCAGCAGAUACAGAAAACUACUGCAAAUGGCAAAGAGAUGGUGACCAAUCCCAAGCUUGUACUGGUUCAGGGGACUUUGAAUGUGGUGAUGAAGCAGAAUGUGACCCUCUCCUGCCUCUCUGAGCCUGCAUCUCCACCUGUUAGAUAUGCACUGUUCAAGCACAACCAGCAGGUAUCUGCUUUGAACAGGUCAGACUUGAGCCCUGCACUGUUCACCCUGACCAUCAGCUCUGCCAGCGAUGUUGGGGAAUACAAGUGCAAAGCUGAGUAUAACAACUCCAGUGGUGGAAAAUACAGCAACAGCCUCACCUUCACCCUCUUAGAGCCAAUUUCCAAACCAGUGCUGAGCUCACCAACCUCUCAGGCAAAGAAAGGCCAGAAUGUGACCCUGUCCUGUUUCUCGGAGAACGGAUCCCUUCCUAUCACCUAUCUAUUCUUCAAAGGAACACAAAACAUUUCUCCCCAAAAGAUGAUGCAGAAGAGGGAAGCAGCUGUGAUUUUUCUAUUUAUCAAUUCCCUUAGUGACUUUGGAACCUAUAAAUGCAAAGCUAAUAACAGUUUUCCCAAUAAUACAAAAUACAGCAACGGUUUCAACUUUACAUUAGCAGAAGAGAGAAGUCAUUCUCAGCCUCUGGUAAUUGCUCUUGGGCUGAUCCUGCUACUAUUUAUAAUAGGACUUGCUCUGGCAAUUCCAUUUUUCGUAAUUCCUUUGUAUAAAUCAAAAAAAUUUAAGUCUACCAGGCCCUCAAUUGGCCUUACUUCAACAGUGAAUGCAGAGGAGUCAUAUACUGAAAAUGAAGUCAUAUACUCAGAGAUUGAGCCUCUUAGACCAGAAGAAGAAUACAUCAACUUCUCCAUUAUUAGAAGAGAAGAGGAAAAAGGUGAAAACCUCAAGCUAUAAUAUUGGAAUAUCUGAUGCACACAAAUAUGUUUUGAGGGAACUUUGCUGGGUGGAGGCAGGGCUUAAAUACUUGAAAUUGCUUAUGAAAUUGUUUAGUUACUAUGGAAAAACUAAAAUAGCAUUAAAACUGUUUUGAGGAA